UAAAUUAUCCAUAAAUAAAAUAUAUAAAUAAAUUAUCAUUAUUAUCACGUUUUGCCAUUGCUUGUGUUGGUUCAUCAAAAGAUUCAAAAUUAAAAGCAAACCCAAAUUGCUCUCGAGGUUGGUAUCAAUUACACUCUUUCCUAUAUUGGUCUCCAAUUUGCUCUCCAAUUCUUCCAAUUUGUUCUUCAACAAACUUGAAUCCCAAGGUUCGGAAUUAGGGAUAAGGGAUUGCUUGGAUUAGUAUAAAAUUUGAGUGAGUUUUUUUUUUUGUUGUUGAUGGGAGGGAAGAGUUCUCGAGAGUCGACACCGAGAUCGGUGCCGAGGUCGCACUACGAUCGUCGGUAUUCACACAACCAAGGUUGGAAUAGCCCUAGCUAUUCGUACUCGCAAGAAUCGCCUUACCAGAGUUAUCCUCCUCCUCCUCCUCCUUCAAGUUCUGCGAGCUAUGAUUCCGUGCCGGUAGCGUACCCGCCGCCGCCGCCACCGCAGAGUUAUGCAUCGUCGCGGGAGAGUUAUGCGCCGCAGCCAAGUUAUGGACAGUCAUCUCAGGCGAGAACUGGGAGGCCACGACCAACGCUGGAUCGGAGAUAUUCCAAGAUUGCUGAUGAUUAUCAGUCACUUGAACAGGUGACUGAGGCUCUUGCUCAUGCUGGUCUUGAAUCUUCCAAUCUUAUUGUUGGCAUUGAUUUUACAAAGAGCAAUGAAUGGACAGGCAAGUAUUCGUUUAACCAUCGGAGCUUACAUCACAUUGGUGACAUUCAAAAUCCAUAUGAGCAAGCAAUUUCUAUCAUUGGUCGAACUUUAUCGAAGUUUGAUGAGGAUAACUUGAUACCAUGUUUUGGUUUUGGAGAUGCAUCCACUCAUGAUCAAGAUGUUUUUAGUUUCUAUGUGGAUGAGAGGCCAUGCAAUGGAUUUUCAGAGGCUCUUGAACGUUACAGAGAAAUUGUUCCACAAUUACGUUUGGCUGGGCCGACGUCAUUUGCUCCAAUAAUUGAAAUGGCUAUGACUAUUGUGGAGCAAAGUGGAGGACAGUACCAUGUUCUGUUGAUAAUUGCUGAUGGGCAGGUGACAAGAAGUGUAGAUAUUGAAUCAGGUCAGUUAAGCUCCCAAGAACAGAAGACUGUUGAUGCUAUAGUAAAAGCCAGCCAGUUUCCGUUAUCCAUUAUAUUGGUUGGAGUUGGCGAUGGCCCUUGGGAUAUGAUGAAAGAGUUUGAUGAUAACAUUCCUGCUAGAUCAUUUGAUAAUUUUCAGUUCGUAAAUUUUACACAGAUCAUGUCAAAGAAUGUGCCUCAGACUCGCAAGGAGACAGAGUUUGCCCUGGCGGCAUUAAUGGAAAUACCUUUACAAUAUAGAGCAACGUUGGAACUUGGCCUCUUGGGUAAUCUGGUUGCAAAAUCUUCAGAAAGGGUACCCCUCCCACCUCCAGUAGGGAACCAUAAUGUGUCUGUGGGCUCAAGAACUUUCAAAUCUUCUAGUUUCCAGCAAACUGGACCCUCCUACUCUGGAUAUGAUACUACACCAAGUUCAGCACCCUUAUACUCUGGAUAUGAUACUAAACCAAGCACGGUGCAACAUGCAUCAAACUCUUUAUCUGAUAAUCUGGUUUGCCCAAUUUGUCUAACAGACCCGAAGGACAUGGCAUUUGGGUGUGGACACCAGACCUGUUGUGAAUGUGGACAGACUCUUGAGUCUUGCCCUAUUUGUCGCAGUCCGAUUGUGACAAGAAUCAAGCUCUACUAAGUCCUGAUUUGUAGGGAUUAUUCAGUUGAAUUAUUUUGGUUAAAUUCUUUUAUUUUCUGUUAAAAAUGAAGGAUUGGAAGCGUUGUGAUACUGCACCUCGGUAUAUCCCGGGGAGAGCUCUGCUGGCCUGUGACAUAUUUUGUGCUUGUGUAAAUAUACUAUUUACAUUGUUCCGAGUAAACAUUCUUUUGUUCU